AUGAGCGGGCGAGAGACACUCCGUGCCCCGCCCCUGCGACUGCAACCCGGCCAGCGCGGGCCUGCUCGACCCCGGCCGCGCGCUCGGCCCCUGCGCCUAGAGGCCGUGAUCCGCAGCAACAGAAGCCACCGCGAUGAGAAGCCACCGCACGGGCUUAGUUGCUCUGCGACCCCCCAGCCUGCCGCCAGCCGCCCUGAGAGCACGAUGGUGGCGGCCCACCUGUUCCAGAAGUGUUGCCUGGUCCAGAGGAUCCUGGAGGCCUGGGAAGCCAGUGACCACACACAGGCAGUGGGUGGCAUGAGGCACGGGAACAUGGGGCACCUCAUGAUCGCCAACACGGUGGUGCAGAACCUGGAGGGGGGCCCCAUGCAGACCCAGCUCAGCGAGGUCAUCCGAGGGCUCCCCUGGGACUGCCGCGGGCGCUGGGAGAGCUUUGUGGAGGAGACGCUGGUGGAGGCCAACCGCAGGAACGCGGUGGACCUGGCUUUCUCCGGGUACCAGGUCCAGCAGAUGACAGCCACCUUCGUGGACCAGUUUGGCUUCAGCAACGAGGAGUUUGCUGAGCAGGACAACAGCGUCAACGCCCCAUUUGACAGGAUCGUGGAGAUCAACUUCAGCGUCGACAGCCCCGGUGCCGCUCUGUUUGAGGCCUGCUGCAGUGACCAUAUCCAGCCCUUCGACAAGGACGACGACCUCUGGGAGGACGUCCGUGUGGCCCAAGUGACCAGAGCCAGGUUCGGGGGCCCUCAUGCUUCAGAGAGCUGCCGGAAGGACGGCCCGGAGCGCCGAGGCCAGGGCAGGGAGGAGAGCUCGAGAGCAGAUGGGGACACGGCUCGGGCGGGCGGGCGCCCCUUGGGCUGCCGCCCAGAAGGAAGGUCCUCGUGUUAGGGUGGCUCAGAAGCAGGUGCCCCGUGGACGGUGUUUGAUGAGCCGGAGAAUUCCAUGGCCUCGGGCCCGGCCCCGGCAGUGGCGAUGGGUGUGGGUUCCAGUGUGUGGGUGGCCAGCUCCUCCAGUGCCUUGGCUCCAGAGGAGAAAGGCUGGGCCAAGUUCGCUGGUUUCCAGCCUUUCUGCUGCUCUGAGUCAGGGCCCAGGUGCAGCUCCCCAGUGGAGAGAGGUCAUGGCGAUGCCCAGGGUGGCCUGAACCAGGGCCCAGAGAGAACCCUUGGCCCGGCCACUCCGGGUGCCUGGAACACAUGUGUUACCAGGAAGGCGCCCCUGGUGACCUCCAGGAGCCGUGAGGACAAGCUGAUGGCGGCUGUUGCCUCGGAGGCUGUUAGUGUGGGUCCUGGUCAGGAGGCCGCCCCCCGCCGCCCGUGUCAGUCCCCAGGUGUGGGGGGGAGUGUUGUGGACAGACGUGGCCUGCAAGGUGUCCAGGGAAGGGCCCUGGGCCCGUGUGGCCCACAGAGUGGGCUGAGUGUGCCACCAGCACGCCUCCAGACCUGGCCUCCCUUGCACCUGUGGAAGUGACCUCUGCCCCAGUCAUGGCCGUCCUUCCCGAGGCUGCCAUGGCGGCCACCACAGUACUGAGCAACACCGGCCCCUCCCUGGCCACCCUGGCAGUCUCUCCUAUGCUGGCUGUGGCCGUCACCACUGCAGCCCCAGCUGGCCCAGCUGUCUCCAUGGCGGCCGCCCUAGGGAUGGUGACAAAGGACAGGCAGACAGACAGGCCGCUGCCUGCAGGAGCUGCCUUAAGUGGCCUCAUGUGAUGCUGCUGCUGCCACCCAGCUUUGGCGCCCCAGCCAAGAAAACUACCUGGUGACGCAUUUCGUGUUUUUAAAUUAAAUUUAAUUUAAUUUAAAAAUAAAUGCUGCAUUGGUAAAGCUGGCAGUUGGAACCAGUCGGACAGCCCAGCCUGCAUUUCUCCUGCCUGACUCCGGGUGGGCCUCGAGGGUCCAGCCCCACGCGCAGCAAUAAGGCCUCAGACAGGGGCUCUGCCUGCGGGGGCCGUGACUCCAGACGCCGCAAGGACCGAGGUCUGGGCUGGGCGCCACAGGCUCUGAGCCUGUUUUUAUCCAUUAUUUAACAAACGCAGAUAGAGCCACAUGUUUGCACUUUUUAUCCAGCGCAGGAGAGGGUCUCCGAGGCUCUGGGGACAAGUGUGGGUCUGGAGCUGGGUUGGCCAGACAGGGUUUUAGCUGCCUGGUGGCCCUGGGAGCUGGCCUUGAGCCAGGCUGCAAACUUGACUGACUUAAAAAUAAAACGAGCCCCCCGCAGCCUGGCAGGGUGUCCCAGGCUUCCCGCCGCAGUGGGCAGUGGGGCACCUGGCAGGAGCUGGCCACGGGCUGCAGGACGGGGUGCGGAGGGCCCAGCAGUGCCCAGGGGUGGGGGGCUAACCCUGCAACUGCUGUGGAGGGUGGGGACGAGCUGUCCUGGGGGUGUGCAGAGUUAUCUCAUGUUACUGUUCUGAUAAUCUGACAGGGCACCCAGAUCCCACAACUCCCAAUAAAAGUUGUU